GUGUGAAUCAAAGGUGGCUUUGCUCCAAGCCAAAGUUCACACAGAGAGAGAUGGCCUCAGCUACUGUUGAUGUUGGGAUAGGACUGAUUCUCAACCUCCUAGAAAACGAGACCUUGUUGCUGUCAGGAGUUCACAGCGAGAUCGAGAAGAUGAAGAAGGAGUUGCUUAUCAUAAAGUCCUUUCUUGAGGACACCCAUAAACAAGAUGGGAAUGGAUCCACCACCACCACAACAACGGGAACAACAACAACUCAACUCUUUCAAACUUUUGUGGCGAACACAAGAGACUUGGCUUACCAAGUGGAAGACAUCAUCGACGAGUUCACCUAUCACAUCCACGGUUAUCGAAGCUGCACAAAGCUUCGGCGUGCAGUUCAUUUCCCUAUGUACAUGUGGGCUAGACACUCCAUAGCUCAGAAGCUAGGAGCCGUGAAUGUCAUGAUUCGUUCCAUUUCUGAAUCCAUGAAAAGGUACCAAACCUAUCAAGGAGCAUCAGUAUCGCAUGUUGAUGAUGGUGGUGGUACAAAGUGGGUGAAUCACAUCAGCGAGUCAUCUUUGUUCUUUAGUGAAAACAGUCUUGUAGGGAUUGAUGCAGCUAAAGGAAAGCUCAUUGGAUGGCUUCUGAGUCCUGAACCUCAGAGGAUAGUUGUCUCGGUGGUCGGAAUGGGUGGUUCAGGGAAGACUACACUCUCAGCUAACAUCUUCAAGUCCCAAACCGUGCGCAAGCAUUUCGCGUCAUACGCUUGGGUUACUAUCUCUAAAUCCUAUGUGAUUGAAGAUGUGUUUAGGACAAUGAUAAAGGAGUUCUACAAAGAAGCAGAAACACAGAUUCCAGGUGAGUUGUACUCCUUAACUUACAGAGAGCUGGUUGAGAAGCUUGUGGAGUAUUUGCAUUCCAAGAGGUACUUUGUUAUGCUUGAUGAUGUGUGGAACACUGGUCUGUGGAGGGAGAUAAGCAUCGCUCUACCAGAUGGUAUUAGCGGAAGCCGUGUUAUGGUCACUACUCGCAGCAAUAACAUGGCUUCUUUCUCAUAUGGCAGUGGGAGUAGAAAGCAUGAGAUUGAGCUCUUGAAAGAAGACGAGGCUUGGGCGCUUUUCUGCAACAAAGCCUUUUCAGGAAGUCUUGAGGAAUGCAGGAGGAGGAAUCUAGAGGUGGUAGCAAGGAAGUUAGUUGAGAGAUGUCAAGGCCUGCCGUUAGCUAUAGCUUCUUUAGGGAGCAUGAUGUCAACAAAGAGGUUGGAGUCAGAGUGGAAGCAAGUCUACAACUCUUUGAACUGGGAACUGAACAACAAUCUUGAGCUCAAGGUUGUUAGAAGCAUCUUGUUGCUUAGCUUCAGUGAUCUGCCGUAUCCGCUUAAACGUUGUUUCUUGUACUGUUGUCUGUUCCCUGUGAACUACCGGAUGAAAAGGAAGAGGCUGGUUAGGAUGUGGAUGGCGCAACGGUUUGUGGAACCGAUCAGAGGAGUGAAAGCGGAGGAAGUGGCUGAUGGUUACCUCAAUGAGCUUGUUUACAGAAACAUGCUUCAAGUUAUCUUGUGGAAUCCUUUUGGACGACCCAAAGUGUUCAAGAUGCAUGAUGUGAUCAGGGAGAUCGCUCUAUCUAUAUCCAAAGCUGAGAGGUUCUGUGAUGUUAAUGGUGAUGAUGAUGAUGAUGAUGAUGCGGAAACAGCCGAGGAUCACGGUACUCGCCAUUUAUGCAUUCAGAAAGAGAUGAGAUCAGGUACAUUACGUAGAACAAACCUUCACACUCUUUUGGUUUGCACUAAACACAGCAUUGAACUGCCUCCAAGUCUGAAACUUCUAAGAGCCUUAGACCUUGAAGGCUCUGGCGUCACCAAGCUACCUGACUUUUUGGUAACUCUGUUCAACUUAAAGUACUUGAACUUGUCGAAAACCGAAGUGAAGGAACUCCCAAGAGACUUUCAUAGACUCAUUAAUUUGGAGACUUUGAACACUAGGCACUCCAAGGUUGAUGAGCUUCCUCCGGGGAUGUGGAAGCUGCGGAAGCUGCGUUAUCUGAUUACUUUCCGUUGCAACUACGGACAUGAUUCCAACUGGAACUAUGUUUUAGGCACAAAGGUUUCUCCGAGUAUCUGCCAGCUGAAGGAUUUGCAAGUCAUGGACUGCUUCAACGCAGAAGCUGAGCUUAUCAAGAAGCUAGGGGGCAUGACUCAGCUCACGAGAAUAAGCCUUGUCAUGAUUAAAAGAGAACAUGGAAGUGACUUAUGCGAGUCGCUGAACAAGAUCAAAAGACUCAGAUUCUUGUCUCUCACGUCCAUUCAUGAAGAGGAACCGUUAGAGAUAGAUGGAUUGAUAGCAACUGCAAGCAUUGAGAAACUCUUUCUAGCAGGGAAACUAGAAAGAGUACCGAGUUGGUUCAGUACUCUUCAGAACGUAACCUAUUUGGGUCUGCGCGGAUCUCAGCUGCAAGAGAACGCCAUUCACUACCUCCAAACCCUUCCUAAACUAGUAUGGCUUUCAUUUUACAAGGCCUACAUGGGGACUAGGUUGUGUUUUGCUGAAGGGUUUGAGAAUCUUAAGAUUCUAGAUAUAGUCCAGAUGCGACAUCUUACAGAAGUUGUGAUAGAAGAGGGUGCAAUGGUUGGGAUACAGAAGCUUUAUGUCAGAGCUUGUAGAGUGUUGGAGUCGGUCCCGAGGGGAAUAGAGAAUCUUGUGAACCUUCAAGAACUGCAUUUGAGUCAUGUUUCUGAUCAGCUAGUGGAGAGGAUUCGUGGGGAAGAGGGUGUAGACCGGUGGAGUGUUAAACACAUUCCUGCCAUCAAGCAUCAUUUCAGAACUGAGGAUGGCUCUUUCUAUGUGAGCCUCUCAUCUUGAGUGGAUGGACUAGUUAGUUACUGAUGGUACAUGUUCAGUUACUCCUAUUUCA